UGAUGCUGGGGCGGGCAGCAGCAGAGCGAGCUGCGGCCGUGGCAGCUGCAGGGCUCCAGGCCCCGGAGCAUGCGCGACAGCCGCCCCGGAUCCCUCAGCCGCGGCGCCCCGCGUCCCGCCGCCAGCGCAGCCCCGGACGCUAUGGCCCACCCCUCCGGCUGGCCCCUCGUGUAGGAUGGUGGCACGUAACCAGGUGGCAGCAGACAAUGCGAUCUCCCCGGCAGCAGAGUCCCGACGGCGGCCAGAGUCCUCAUCCUCAUCUUCAUCCUCGCCGGCUGCCCCCGCACGUCCGCGGCCCUGCCCUGCGGUCCCGGCCCCGGCCCCUGGCGACACUCACUUUCGCACGUUCCGCUCCCACUCCGAUUACAGACGAAUUACGCGGACCAGCGCGCUCCUGGACGCUUGUGGCUUCUAUUGGGGACCCCUGAGUGUGCACGGGGCGCACGAACGGCUGCGUGCAGAGCCCGUGGGCACCUUCCUGGUGCGCGACAGUCGCCAACGGAACUGCUUCUUCGCGCUCAGCGUGAAGAUGGCUUCUGGCCCCAUGAGCAUCCGCGUGCACUUCCAGGCCGGUCGCUUCCACCUGGACGGCAGCCGCGAGACCUUCGACUGCCUCUUCGAGCUGCUGGAGCACUACGUGGCGGCGCCGGGCCGCAUGUUGGGGGCCCCGUUGCGCCAGCGUCGCGUGCGGCCGCUGCAGGAGCUGUGUCGCCAGCGCAUCGUGGCCGCCGUGGGCCGCGAGAACCUGGCGCGCAUCCCUCUUAACCCGGUACUCCGCGACUACCUGAGUUCCUUCCCCUUCCAGAUCUGACCGGCCGCUGCCGUGCCCGCAGCAUUAAGUGGGAACGCCUUAUUAUUUCUUAUUAUUAAUUAUUAUUAUUUUCCUGGAACCACGUGGGAGCCCUCCCCGCCUGGGUCGGAGGGAGUGGGUGUGGAGGGCGAGGUGCCUCUGGCUUCUGGCCGGAGACCCCAUCCCGCCUCUCGGGGGGCUUCCCCUCCUGGUGCUCCCUCCGGGUCCCCUGGUUGUAGCAGCUUGUGUCUGGGGCCAGGACCUGAACUCCACUCCUACCUCUCCAUGUUUACAUAUUCCCAGUAUCUUUGCACAAACCAGGGGUGGGGGAGGGUCUCUGGCUUCAUUUUUCUGCUGUGCAGAAUACCCUAUUUUAUAUUUUUACAGCCAGUUUAGGUAAUAAACUUUAUUAUGAAAGUUUUUUUUUAAAG